AUGUCGCAGUCGUAUUUAGGAAAUUUGCCUAUCUUCGAUCAUAAGACUACCGAGUGGGCGAUAUUCAAGAGCCGGUUAACGAAGUUUUUUCUAGUGAACAGUAUAUCGGAAGCAGAUAAAAAAAGUGCUAUAACGAUUACACAUUUGUCGGAUGAAAGUUAUCGGUUAGUGCGCAAUUUAGCUUAUCCGAAGGAAAUAGAUUCCUUAACGUAUGACGCGCUGGUUUUAUUACUCGACGAACAUUUCAAACAAAAGCAGUGUACUUUUGCGGAUAAGGCGAAAUUUUUCGGAGCGAUGAAGAGUGCAGGCGAAACGCUGAGCGAAUGGGCGGCAAGACUAAGAGGUCUGGCAAGUUAUUGCGAUUUUGGUACUGCCCUGGAGACGAACCUCAGGGAUCGUUUCGUGCUCGGUCUGGGCUCAGGUUCCGUGCGCGAUAAACUAUUCGAGCAAAAGCCAUCAUCAUUAACCUUUGCCAAGGCUUUAGAGUUGGCAGAACAGACGGAGAGUGCCCGAGAAGCGAAAUUAACUACAAUUAAGGAGGAGCCAGUUUUUCGAGCGCAAACGGAGGGUGGAUAUCGCGGUGGCGCGAGAGGCGCGCGCGGUCGCGCGAGCGGCAGCGGUCAGCGGGAUCCACGUUCGACGCCCGAGCAGUGUGCGGUUUGCGGAAUGAAAAAUCAUACGGAGAUCAAUUGUCGUUAUAAAUCGUACAAGUGUCAAAAGUGCGGCAAAAAGGGUCACUUAAAGAAAGUUUGUGGUGAAAGUGCGCGAGUGCAUAACGUUUCCGUUGGCGAAUCGUCGUCGUUGAAUCGCAGCGAGGUAGAUGACUGUGAGGAAUGUCAAAUGUUUAACUUAAGGUAUGUAAUUACUAAGCCGAUAGAAUUAAAUGUAUUAAUUGGAAAUAAACAAUUACAAAUGGAACUUGAUUGCGGGUCUGCUACCUGUGUUAUGUCAGAAGAGUUAUAUAAUCACAUGUUUUCCGAGUAUAAAUUGUUAGAUAGUGAUAUUAGGAUGUGUAUAGAUAACGAUAUUGAGCAGAGGGCCGGCUCGUGCGCGACGUGCGCCGUUAUGCGCGCCGCGCCGGCGCGAGCGCCGCCAGCGUCGUGGCCGCGCCCGGGCGCACCCUUCCAACGCGUUCACAUCGACUAUAUGCGUCAGGAAACAGAACCCGAUUUAAUAAGUGAAACCGUUAUGUCACGGUCACAAUCAAUUUCACCCCCACCUGCUCCACCUUCGGCUACCAUUGAACCUGAACCGAGCAGAGAGCUUCCAGAAAUUGAGUUAAGUGAGAAUAAUGAACCCGCAGAGGGCAGGGAGGAGUGGAAUGACUGUGAGGACGCUGACACAGAGGGUGAACGAGAAAUGCCUCAUGUGCCGCCAGCGGAGGCUCCACCUCUGCCGCAGGCAGCCGCCGGUUCUGAUAACACGGCUGAUCAUAAUGAGGAUUUGCCGUCCGCCCAACAACGCUUGCGUCCCAGGGUCAACGUAGAUUUUAAGAAGUAUUUUUAA